UUGGGUGGACAACUAAAAUCACAGCAGGCCAAAUUCGGCGGCCAGUUGGGGAACCCAGCCCUACUGAUUUAGUGUGGAAAUGCUGCGACUGUAGGAGAGGAGGAGGAGAGCGAACAGACAGUCAGUGGACCAGUAUGCACUAUGACAGAAGAAGGGUGGGUCGGGGAGACUGCAACAGCUCCUCUGACAACGACUACCGCUACAUGGACUACCACGGCUACGGACAGGAAGAGGCGGAGCCGGGGUCAGGAUAUGACUUCAGAGCUGCCUCCGGCCACGGGGACCAAGCCGACCGACUGGCGUGCGUCCGGGAGUUCGCGACCCCGGGCCGUCUCCACGACAACCGGCCGGGGUUCCGUCAGAGGCGUCGGGGAAGAGGGGAAGGGGGCGGUCCGGGUCAUGUGGGUAAAGGGUUACUAUCAUCCUUCCCCCCUCGAUCCCAGGUCCUACUCCAGCCAGAGGUAGCCCUGCCCAGGCUGCAGAGAGAGGAGAGCGAAGAAGAGCAAUACAGGAGAGACUUCCAGAGCUUCAGGCCUGGGUCCGAGGCCGGGGGAAGGGGGGGAUACCCAGAUAACCACACCUCUCACCCAGGGGAGAGAGAGAGAGAGGGAGACUGGGGGAGGAUGGAAGGUGGAGGACAGGAGGAUUACAACACCGUGAGAAGAGGACCAGGGGUGGAGAAGAGGUUCCCCAGAGGAGAAGGACUAGGGAAGAGAAAGGUGGGCCACCUGCUACAUCCACUGAUUCAGAGGGAGGUGUAUUUUAGGAUACUCAACCAUAUAUAA